AUCCUUCUUGCGCACACAAUGCGACGCAACAGUGACGCGAUGAGCACCUGCAGAAUUGAAAGGAAGAGAGCGCACGACCGUGAAGCGCAGAGAGCGAGCCGUGCGAAGACGAAGGCCUACAUCGCCCAUCUCGAGAAGACCGUGGCCGACUUAAGCGAAAGCAGUGGAGACAAUCGAGCGAACUACUUGGCCCAGCAUGCAUCUCAGCAAGCGCAAGAAAUCGACAAGCUCCAAGGUCUAGUUGGCAAGAUUCGGUCGCUUGUCCAAGAGACCGGCAAGGCUGAGCAGAACUCUUCGCCGGAGAAGACGCAAGCGUUGAAAUCGGAAAGCGCAGCAGAUUCUACAGCCGAGAGCUCUUCUAGCUUCCCGGACCCCAUAUCUGCCACAAACUGGGACUCUCCCAGCGAGGAUCAAUGGAUUCCAGAGAUACCGAAGCCUGUAGACUCGGCGGCAAGAAAGGCUCGAGCGAAGGUGGCACCUGCCUCUCGCAACCUCAUCGUACUUGGCAUCAGCAUGCUAUGUGAAGAGACCGAUGACACAUCUUACUUCCAAAGAGUCAACGCAGCCAUCAGUAAGGUCGAACAAACUCCUGACAACCUCUCGACAAUAGAAGAAGACAUGGAUAUCCUCAGCCGUGCCAUCGUACACGGGUGGGAUGCCGCCGAAAGAGUUCAUCAUUUCGACAUUGUCUGGCGUUUCCUACGAGCCUUUGACGAGGGCUUGUGGUACCGCGCCGCGCCCGUAGAGAGAUUCGCCCAUUUUUGGGGCAUGAGAUGCCAUCUGCUUUACAAAAUACAGCCCAAGAAUCAGGAGCG